UUUUAUUUGUGCAAUACUGGCAGAUGGAGACUUAGCAACUGUAGCCGUGCAUCCAACGGCAGCUGCGGUACUCCUGUGGAGUACUGUAGGCGACUCACUUGUCCACAAAACACUUCAAAUUCCACCCUAACCGCAUUAGUGACUACUAGUACUAUGAAAAUAAUACCUACGUCUGUUCCCACUUCCCAAAAACCCACCACGACUUCCAAACCUGACAUUACAACAUCUGGUUUGAUGUCUGAUACUUCUGCUGGGACCUCUAUAGACCCAACCUCAGCCACAACGCCAGGGAGGGCGUCAAACCUGGGAAUUAUAUCCGAUAUAAUUCCCUGGUCAAACUCAGAUAACACUCUCGGGGUUGUAGCCGGAGUCUUGACAUCAGUGGCGCUGGCGGCUGUUGUCGUUGUACAGUGUGUUAUAUUUGCAAUGGCAAAGAGGGAACAGGACAGCUCUGAGAGGUCAGUUCAAUCAAAUCCAAGAAAAGCACAGGAACAACGAAGAACAGCAGAUCUCACAUCCAGUCAGCAGCCCAUGGUAAACACAGGUGCUUCUGUGAGUCACGCUAACAAUUACAUGUCUCUUGUCAAAAGCGAAUACAUCGAUGGAUCCGCCAUGAGCGAGGACAAUGACGGUCGACCUGAGUAUCAAGAACUUGGCGCUGCUGAGGUCCCAUGGACGCCGUUUGAUGACGAGUAUUCGUAUGCAUAUUAUACAGCUGCGGAUGAAGUGAACCCCGACGGGGGAUCUGAAGAGAAGGACACGAAACAAAACUCAGACGCCUGUGAGAUGCAGCACGUUUAUACGAUUGAUGUACAUAACACGUAAUCAAGUAGCAUUACCCUAAUUCGUCAUAGGGUUUGAGAGUGAACCUUACAUAAACGACUGCGAUUCUUUUGAUUUGUUUAAAAAACACUGUUGAAUAUAAAUAUGUAGGUUAGUUAUCCUUGCCUCAGUUUUUGGUCAAUCAUAUUCAACAAAGCUGUGGUCAGCAAAAAAUAUCUAAUCAAGUGUAUUUAAAAUCAGGAUUCUACAAAAAGAGAAUGGAUAUUUUGCCAUGGCAGUUACUAUGAAAAUGUUCUGGUCAAGUCUUAGACCUACUGUAGCCUUAGUUUUAAAGAUAUAUACUAUAUCAGCGCCUCUAUCAUCCAUGUCUUUUAAAUAGCAACAUCAGUACCUAUACUAUUCAGGCAUGACGAUCUGCACUGUAUGUCGCAAAAAAAAAGUUACAAAGCACGCGGUCGUGCUCUGAAGGACAUAAACUGAUCCCCUUAUCGCCCAAAGUAAAUAAGCAUUGGUAUACAGUAAUACACGCUCAAGUUGCCUGAAACUGUUUUAGAGGAAUUUGAAUAUUCAUUUGUAUCACCCAGUUUAAAGCAAAUGAUUUCAUGUUGUUUUAUCACUCAUUGUUGUACGCGUUCCAUCCUAUUUAUUAUUAUUAUUGUUGUUGUUGUUGUUAGAAUAUAGGUGCCGCAAACCUGUAAGAAUGAUAGGGCUGUCGGACACAUCUGGCUCUUUUUUGUCGGACAUAUCUGGCCGUAUCUGGUCGUAGGACAUAUCUAGCCUGUCGGACAUAUCGGGUCGUCACAACUAAACAUGUAUAUAUCGUCAAAACAAACUUUUCAUUAUCUAUUGCAUUUUGCUGGUAAAGAAGUAACCAAAGUAAAUCGUUUCUAGAGAUUAAUCAUUUUUUCGCCUAUAAGACGCAUGGCGUUUUGACCUUUUAUCAAAAGACUUGAUCACGUGGCUGACCCGUCAACACGAGACGACAAAGCUUGAUUUUGACCUGCGGUGUCAGCGUUUCAGUUACUGAGCCGUUCAAAGAGCUUUUAUAUGAAGUUUAGUUUAUUUUGAGACAGCACAUUCAUUAAAACCAGUUAUAUAGAGUACCGGUUAUUUAAUGUAUACGUCACUGUGAUAUCGCUUUAAUGUUCUAAGCAACUGUACUUACCUGUACAUAUAUAUUUCAGUAGGGAGACGAUAUUGUUUGCAGAGGGGAAUGUUUGUCUGCUGAACGCAUAAAAGAA